CAGAUAGCAUCCCACCAAACCCAAAAACGACAUCGUUGACAGGCCACCCUUGCGCACUGCGCACCCCUUUUCGUUAUCUUCACCUUCCUCUCCCCUCCUUUCUCUCAUAGUCUCUCAUAUCAGGUGCGAAAGCCGUUUCUUCGUUAAACAGUUGGACUUGCUUUCAAACAUUUAAUUCAAUCAUAAUUUCUUUUUCCUAAAAUGCGCUGCUUUCCCACUUUUGUCCUCUUAUUAUUCUUCAAUUUUUGAUUUUUUUUUUUCGAAAUAGAAAAUUUUCGUACUACUUUCUCAUUUUCUGUUGGGUCUUGAUGGGGAUGAGAGUCUGGGAGGCUGGGAUCUUGAUUUUGUUUCUUUUUGCGAGACUUACGUCGGCCGUGGAGACAGUUAGGUAUCCGUUAUGUCCAACGGAAUCCAUUACGGAUUCGAUCUUAGGGUUUCGGAAUUUUAACUGUCCGGUUAAUACCGCGUUUCAAUCUCACGAUGUCGUCGCUGUUAUCGAGGGCGAUGAGGUUUCAUUGCAAAGGGCUCUGAAUAUGGUUCACAAGAACAGUUAUGACUUUGUAGCUGUUCUUUUCUAUGCAUCUUGGUGUCCUUUUUCUCGUAGUUUUAGACCGAGUUUCUCUAUCCUUUCUUCUUUAUAUCCUUCCAUUCCCCAUUUUGCAAUUGAAGAAUCAGCCAUCAGACCAAGUAUACUUUCCAAGUAUGGGGUUCAUGGGUUUCCCACCCUUUUUCUUCUAAAUUCGUCAAUGCGUGUUCGUUAUCAUGGCUCCAGGACUCUCGGUUCACUUGUUGCGUUUUACAGUGAUGUCGCAGGCAUUAAGUCUGCGUCAUUUGAUAAAAUAUCCCUGGACAAAGUUGGGCACUUAUCAAAUCACGAGAAGCACGAUAAUGUGGACGAUGAAAGCUGCCCAUUCUCAUGGGCAAGAUCACCGGAGAAUUUGCUUCGGCAGGAGACAUGUUUGGCCCUGGCCACCGCAUUUGUUCUUUUGAGAUUGCUUUACUUAUUCUUUCCAACUCUGCUUGUAUUUGCUCAAUUUAGUUGGAUAAGGCUGAUCCGAAAUGUUAAAUUGGGGAGCUUGUUUGAGCAUCCUCGGGCCUAUUUGAAUCGGGCAAUACAGAUAUUCAAUUCCCUAAAGGAGCCUUGCAAGAGAAGUAAUUUGCAGGAAGGAGCAUUGAAUGCCAGGGCAUGGGCUUCCAAGUCCCUUGCCACAGUUUCAAUCGGUGAUGCAAGCACCAGCCGGGGUGCAUGUGGGAGUGAAUGCCACUGACCUUUCACUAGCCAUGUGGGAUAGAUAUUUGGGUAUCCUAAUGGAAGGUUUGGCUGCCUCAUCUGUUAUGCUAGAAUUUUUUCUUUUUUGGCUUCAAGAUCAUUUGGUAAUUGGAUUAGGGUCUAAUGUUGUAUGACAAAAGUGAAAUAUGACUUUGUAUCUUGACAUCAUCGUAGUCCAUCUAUCAAUUUGUCUAUAUGAUUUAGAAUUCAAUUUAUUUGACAUUUUUGGUCAA